AUCAAUUCAGACUUCAGAAAUCAGAAUUCAGGUUAUCAGAUUCCAUUGAAUAACUCAGAGGAAAUACCGAAAGCGCAGUACUAGAAACAAGUUGCUGCAUUACUCUUUUGAGCUCCAUUCGUCGGGUUCUCGUUUGUUGCAAGGAAUUAAAUCACUAUCGGGGGAGUGGUAGCUGCAGAAAGGGAGCCAAUGCAAGUCAAUAACAUUCAAAGAAGACCACACAUUCUUCUUGCUGCUUGCGGAAGUGUUGCUGCGAUAAAGUUUAGAAUCCUAUAUCAUUGUUUCUCUGAAUGGGCAGAAGUUCGAGCAGUUGCCACAAGGGCAGCAUUGUUCUUCCUUGACCGGGCAGACCUCCCCAAGAAUGUCCCUCUUUACAUCGACGAGGAUGAUCUGGCCAGUUGGGGCAAAAUUGGUGACGAUGUGCUUCACAUUCAGCUCUGUAGCUGGGCUGAUAUCAUGGUUAUUGCUCCACUCUCUGCAAACACUCUUGCCAAGAUUGCGGGAGGAUUGUGUGAUAAUCUAUUGACCUGCAUUGUACGGGCAUGGGACUACAGCAAGCCUUUAUAUGUUGCACCAGCCAUGAACGCAUUAAUGUGGAACAAUACUUUCACUGAGAGACAUCUUGUGUCUGUUGAUGAUCUUGGAAUUACCCUGAUCCGACCAGGGUCAAUUAGUGGGGAACGGUGCAAUGGCGCCAUGGCUGAACCCACCCUCAUUUCCUCAACCGUGAGGCUAUUCUUGGAGUCACGCCGUAAAGGAACAGCCAGAGGCUAGAGCAGUAAAAUUGUGAACACCAUCAUUUUUGGAAGUGAGUGAGAUAAAUUGGUUGAUUUGGUUUGGGUACGAGCUGCAAUAUUGACCUCUCUGCCCUGAGUAAAGCUGUGAAUUAUUAUUAACCACCCGUGGGUUGUGGUUUUACUGAGAUUGGGCGGGGCAUGCUGUAAAUUUUUGUUUGUACCGUUGAGUUCUUCCUAUUGUAUCUUCUCACUUGUAAUCUUACUUGGCAGCAUUUGUCCGGUCUCUGUGUGGAAGUGGAACCCAUAUUUGUACACGAAUAAAGAGCACUGCUGUUAAUUAUAUUC